UAAUUCCUCUCCCUCCCUUCCCCCAUUCCCGUCGCUUCACUCUCCCUCUCUCGCCGCCGCCGCCGCCAACGGCUCUCCGGGAUCCCCAUGCCCGCGCCACCGCCGCAACCCUAGCCUGCCUCCUCCCCCCGCAAUGCCGCUCUCCGCCUCGCUCCGCGCCCCCGCGACCACCCGCCGCCGCAUCCGCCGCCUCCUCAAAACCCCCAUCGCGCCCCCUGCAUCCGCCGCGCCUUCCUCCGCUCGCCGCGGCGGGCCCAGCACUCCCAAGCUUCGGUGGACCGUCCGGGACAGCGAGGAAGACAAGGCGGCGUCUGUGAGGCGGCUCGCGGCCGCGGUGUGGCGGCUGCGGCCGCCGGAGCAGGAUCCCGCCGCCGCCGAGCGCGGAGCUUCCAGCAACCCCGUCGGCCUCGAGCACAUACCAAGACAUCUACAAGUCCAGCUUCUCAGGAAGGAUCAUCUUGGUCGCCGACAUGGUCUCAAGAUUGAGACUUCGAGUCCCAAUUCUGUCUUGGAGCGUAACAGUGGAGAACUCCACGAGCUUCAGCUUGCCUCAGCUGUGAUGCCUAUUACGAGCAUAGAGAAUGCAACAAAGUGGGAGUCUGAGAGUGGAAAGGGGCUUGAAUUGGAUAGUACCUAUGUGAUUGCUGGCCAACUUAAUCUCAUGGAUAAACCGCAAGUGGAAAGUCAUACUGAUAGUCUCCAGAUGGAGCUUCAGCGGGCACAAGAUAGGGUGGGCGAGCUAGAAGCCCAGCGGCUUUCUGCUAAGAAGCAACUCGAACGCUUGUUUGACAAACUGAGGGAGGAGAAAGCAGCUUGGAGGAAGAGAGAACACAAGAAGGUUCAAUCCAUUCUUGAAGAUAUGAAGGCAGACCUCGACCAUGAAAAGAAGAACCGGAGGCAACUAGAGACAAUUAACAUGAAGCUUGUUGAUGAGUUGAAGGAGGUCAAAAUGGCAGCAAAUAAUCUGUUGCAGGAGUAUGACAAUGAGAGGAAGACACGGGAAAUCACCGAAGAGGUGUGCAACAAGCUUGUGAGGGAGGUUGAGGAACACAAAUCCGAGAUUGAAGCCAUGAAGCGGGACUCGGUGAAACUGCGGGAGGAAGUGGAUGAGGACAGAAAAUUGCUACAGAUGGCUGAGGUGUGGCGUGAAGAGCGGGUGCAGAUGAAACUUGUUGAUGCAAGACUUACUCUUGAAGCCAAAUUUGAUCAAUUGAGUAAACUGCAACAGGAUGUUGAGGCCUUUGUUGCCUCUUUUGGUCAUGCCAAUGGAGACAGCACUAUAGUACGAGAGGCAGAGAUCAUUUUGCGGGAAAUUGGAUCGGUCAGGGAACAGGAGGUUGAAUUUAAGUAUGAGCCACCAGCAGCAUCAGAGGACAUACUAGCCAUAUUCGAGGAGCUACGUCCGAGCGAAGAGCCUGAGAAUAAGGAGAGUGAACCAUGCUUUAAGCAGCACAGCUCUUCAGUACACGAAUCAGAAAUCCAAGGAGCUAACCCAAUGGCCGAUAUAUUCCUAGAGAACCCAACUAAACUGUACUCAAGUAGAAGUCACUGCGAUGACAGCGAAACAGAAGAUGGCAGCAGCUGGGAGACUACAAGCCAUGAAGAUCUGCAGGGUUCAAGCUUCUCGCGGAACGGAAACGGAAGCGAACCUUCAGUGAACAAGAUCUGUGACAGAAUUUCCUGGACGAGUGGGAACGAUUCGGAGGACGGGCAGAUUGACCUGAGCAACUUAUACCUGUCAGACAUGAAACAGCUACCCAAGAAGAAACAGUCAGCCAUAUCAAAGCUCUGGAGAUCCUCCCCUCUGAAAAACCGUGAAAUCCACGAGGAGGACGGUGUGGAGCCGAUAAACUCCCGACCGUCGGACACAAGGCUAUCGAAUGGCGGCAUGUAUUAUCCUACCGAGGGCGCUGGGCUGGGCGAGGGACUGAGCUCCCCGAGCAUGGAGCGAUGGAGCUCACCAGACUCGAUGAACAGUCAGCUCAACCGAGGAUUCAGAGGCUGCAUGGAGCUGGUCCAAAGGCAGAGCCUCAAGGCGAAGCUUCUAGAAGCCCGGAUGGAGAGCCAGAAGAUCCAGCUCCGUCACGUGCUCAACCAGAGGACCUAAAGGCGCAAGAACCGGAUAUCGAGAUGCACUGUUAACUCUUGAAAAUUUAUGCCAAGAAAUAAGCCCAAGUAGGCAAUCACAUGGUUUAUUAGUCCAUUUAACCUGGGUAUCGUAACCUUCGUAGUCUCAUAGGCUGAUCUAGCCGUAGUUGAUGCUGUCUCAAGUUGUAGUACAUUUCACAGGCUGUAGUAGUUAAUACUAUAUCUUGAGAUGUAAUGUAGUAGCUUUGUUCGUUCAAAAUUGUACCAUCAACAAGAAUCAUUGAUUCGUACGUAAUUUCUCUCACGCACUGA